AUGGCGGAUUAUGACGUCCCCUCUCCGCGGCAUUCUGGGAAAUGUAGUUUCCGCGCGGCCGCCGGAGAAGCGCUUCCUCGUUGUCAUGGCGACCGAGGGGGAGGCGGAGGAGCUACGGAGUGGGACUUGAUUUGCUUUUCUAAAACUGCUCGGGAGCAAUACCUACGGUUGCUGUGGGAGGGCCAGAACAAAACCAUGGCUGCAACGCGAACAUAUAAAUUGGACGACGGGAGCUGUCACCCCACCAACUGCUUCCCAGCAAGAAGUCUUUUACAACCGCAUUAUAAGGAAGGGGCCGGCCACUGGGAAGUGGCCCGUCACGCGGCCGAGGAGACGAAGUUUGAGUGGUGGUUUGGCCCCAAAUCCUGCCAGAUCAAAUGGAGGGGAGCGGGGAUGCUGUACGGCCCCCGCAGGCGUCUAUACGAGAAAACCCUCACCGGGACACUUCUGAGCUGCCUCAAAGAAGUUGCCUUGUCUUGCUUGAUUUUCCAGAUGAAGCUCCACCACGUGAAAAGCCCUUCCCAUCUCUGCUCAGCGGAUAUCAGCAAUCAAAAUUUUGUCUCCGCCAAAGAAGAGGACUUUGAACAGUUCGAUUCUGUUGCCUACAUGAACGCCACCGAAAAUCUGUUGUCCUUAGAGGUAUUUCGGAAAUUUCCUGCCCUGCGGGAACUGGAACUCUCCCUGAACGGCUUAAGGAAUCUUAAAGUUAACGCUGAAGACUUUCCACACUUGGAAAUCUUGGACCUUUCUUACAACAACCUGUCUCCUGAGGACAUCCGGGCCCUGGGCGUUCUGCCCCACUUGAAAGUGCUCCACCUCACUGCCAACGGACUCAGCUCCCUCCCUCUUGAUCUAGCAGUCCCAGAGAGCAAAGGUUGCCCGCGGUUCCCUGCUCUGGAAGUCCUCCUCUUGGACGACAACCAUCUUUCUCACCCAAACGUCUUUGUCAGCCUGGCCAACCUGCGCAGCCUGAAGCAGUUAAACCUCGACAGGAACGGCAUCAAAGAGGUGCCCUACCUCCAUCACCUCGAGAACUCCCGCUUCUCCAUCCACCCCCUCUCCGCCAAGUCGGGCAUCAGGGAAGGGCUGCGCACCCGGAAAAGCGCAGAAGUCCAGCGCAAGCGAGACGUGUUUUCCGGGCGCAGCGAGCAGGCGGACUGUGUCGUCGUGCAGAGCAGCCUGGAUCUGGACAGGGCAGACCUUCUCUUUGCGACCUGCUCCCCUGACCCAUCAGUACAGGGGGACACGCCUUUACCCCGCUCUGUCUCCAAGAUCUCCUCGACCAGCUUUGGCCAAGACUUCGCUCUUCCCUUGAUGGAGCUGCGGUAUCUCAGCCUGGCCAACAACGAGAUCGAACAGGAGGAGGACUUGCUCGCCGUGGCCCUUUUCCCAUCUCUGACCGAGCUGACCUUCUACGGCAACCCGUUCACGACUUCCCGGAGUGGAGAUCCGCCGUUACUGACCGGCUUCCUUCAGGAUAAACUGGGGAUAAAACUCGUGAGGAGGAAAAUAUCCAAGCUGGAGAAGCCGCGGAUCUUCAUUCCCACCAAGACAAACAGAAAGGUGAAAUCGCCAUUGCCCAAAGUCCGAAAACAUCCUCCGAUACUAGAAGCCCCUCUCGAGACCUCCUUCUGGGAGUUGUGGACCGGGACAGAAUCGCUCCUCGAUAUGAUAACGAGUCUGGACAAAUCCGAGCCUCUUCCCCCGAUCAGCCGAUCUUCAGCUGAGAAGAGGCCUGCCCCUCUUUCCCAGGAAGAGUCUGUGUCCGAACCUUUCUCCAUGGUCACUUUCCCUUCUGAAGAUGACACGCUUGUCAGUCAAGCGCUUGAAAUCCCAUCCUUGCUUGUUGAGAUUCUGUCUGCCUCUCUGCCUUCUCACACGUCAUUUGUAGAUGAACAGAGUCAAUCGGAACUCGCCGAGCUGCCAGUAUUGGCUCCAGCAGACCAAGGUCUAUCCCAGUCUCUUUUGCCGACGCGAGAAAGGAGUCGGUCAGAAAUAGAUGCUCCAGAUGGGAUGCCUUCGAUGGAACAGGAAGGGUCAGAACUUAUUCCUCCGCCCGGCUCGUGUGAGCCAGAAGCAAACCCGUUGGAACAUUCCCCACCGACUGAGCACCUCACGGUAGAGGAGGACCAGUCCAAAGUUCUUCAGCCCAUCGGUUCUGCUGUGGGUCAACCAGUUUCACCGCCCGAUCCGCCCUCAGAACAGCAGGCUGUUUCAGAGCCUGUUCUGUUUACCGGAUCUCCUCCGGGAGAACAGGAUUUGCCCGGAUCUCUUCCACGAAUCACGUCAACGUCAGAGGAACAGAAUCUGCCCGAGACUUCUCCGUCAGCUGAAUCGAUGGGCGAGUUGAACCCCGUGGAUUCUCUCAGCCGCCAGGACCAAGGACUGAAUUUGUCAGAAUCUAUCUCGCUGGGGAGGCCACCUGAAACGAAUCUAUCUAGACUUGUGUUGCCACCUGGCCCUCCUUUAGAAAACUGGGAUCUGUUACAUCUAGCCCCUUCACAAAUCUUGCCUUUCCUGGGAGAGAGUAUGUCAGGAAUACGUCUCUCCGGGAUCAUUCCUCCAACGAAUUCUCUCAUCUCUGACCCGGGGCAGUUAGAACCCACUCCACACGCAUCGCUGCAACAAGCUCAGGAUCUGUUAGAACCUGCCUCUCCCCGUAGAUUAUCCUCAGAGCACCCAGAUCUCUCAGAGCCUCUCCUUCCCGUCCCGACAUUGGCAGCAGCCCAAGAUCAACCGGAAUCUGUAGCCAGCUCGUCUUUCCAAGAACAAGUUCCGCCCGACUCCAUUCCACCGACUGGACCUCCUGUGGCAGAACAGAAUUCACGUGAGUCCAUUCUGACUCCAAAGGAACAGAAAAUGCCGGAAGCCUCUCCACCUUUGGGAGAACAAGAUCAGACAGUGGUCCAAACAUCCCCGGAACUGAGUCGGCCAGAUGCAGAACUGCCGAUCCAAUUGUCUCCCACACAAGAGGAGCCUUCCCAAUCAGUACCAGAAGUCAGAUCGUGUUCUGACGGCGAGGGCUUAGCAGCUGGUGUUUCAUGGACCGAUUCCCUUCCAGAAGGACACGUUGCCUCAGAGCUUAGUUUACAUGGUCGGUCUUCUUCCGGAGAUCUUCGUCUGCUGUAUGAACGCAAAUUGUCCCUCACCUCUCUUUCCAGCGGAGAGCUGGACGAAACAAGUUCUAGUAAUGCUCUGAUAGCAGAGCGAAUGCAGUCCUUCUUCAUUACACAGGUGGCAGAGACCUCUGUGCCUCUCCAGGACCUCAAAAAGGAGGAGAUGCCGCCACUACCACAGGAGGAAGCGAGCGCACCCCAACCAGUGCCCAAGAGAUACAAGGGCUAUGAAGAGCUCCUUGAUGGUCCCACGGAUCCUGAUUUCAUCGAGCCGAAAGGGAUGCAGCAAAACGUCAAGGCGCUUGAGUGGGCCCUCCGGCAUCCUCUGGUGUACCGUGAACCAAGAGCCAGGCUGGACAGUUUUCAGAAGCCUUACGUACCCAUGGAGAAAAAGGUCUUGAGGGUCCCCGUCCCGCCUGUCCGGAAGACCAAAGCGCAGGAGCUGGAGGAAGUUCUCCAGGAGAUGCAGGCGCCCACCAAUAUCAUCGAGCUCCCUUUAGUUUGCAUCUUGCGGAAGAAGAAGUCCAACUGGCGUGAAUAUCGGGAGGCCUUGCUGCUGCUGAAAGACUUCCGGAAGAAGUAUAAGGCAGCAGUGACCACGACCAAAAAGGGCAGCUCGACCCACAAAAAGCAGAGCGGCAUGGUGAAGCAAAGCCAGACGCAGACGCUCACCAGCCUGACUGAGGUCAAAACAAGUGGGACGGGCAUAAUAAAAGCCCCUCCAGCUCAGCCUAGCAAAGAUGAUGAGAAAGACAUCCCGCCUCCGUUGGGGGAGAGAGCUUGAAGAGCUGCCCUCUCUAGGAGACUAAACCCCAUUACCUGUAGACACCAAAGCCACCUAAAGUGUGGGACUGCGGCUUCCAAUCCUCUCUGUGAUCACUCCGGCUCUUAAACAUGUCCGGUUCUUGCAGGAAUGUGAUACACUGAGGGUACGUUAGCGGUUUGGAAAAGGCAGUGGAAGCCAGCACGUCCCAAAAACCCAUCCCGGAGUGGAAUUUCCCCCAGUCAUGUUCUUCCCAAGGCCAGGCAGUGACCAUGCAACACAAAAUAAAACGGCUAUGCUAGAGACGGGUCUCUGGUUUCAUGGAGUAUAACCCAAAAGAACUCUUCCCUUCAUCUUCACUGUGGUUUGAUAGAGGAGCCCCUUUCUUUGGAUUCCGGCAGAGGAGAUCUAACCGACCAGUCGUUCUCGGUGCCUUCGGCUACGGCUGUGGCAAUCUCCGUCGUUCCGGAACUUUGCCGGAAGUUGCCUUAGGGUGGCCACAAAUCAAGAGAGCUCAUACAAACUCCCCACGUUGGGGGACGAUCUGUUUCGAAAGCAUGAUUAUAUAUUUUUUUACUUC